CCCAUCAAAGAAAGUUUCUCAACUUUUCCAAAUUCCAAUACACCCAAAUAUUUGCUCUUCUUCCCCGCAGCUUCAUUUUUCACUGAUUUUUUUUCCCUACAAAAUCGCUUUUCUCAUCUUCCCGAAGCUCUACUCAGUUCUCCGAUCAUCACCGUCAAAAUGUACAGAUGUGCAUCGUCUCGCCUCAGCUCUCUUAAGGCACGUCAAGGCAACAGGGUCUUGACAAGAUUUUCAAGUUCAGCUGCUGUUGCAACCAAGCCAUCUGGAGGUCUUUUUAGUUGGAUAACUGGUGAUACGUCAAGUUCAGUGACUCCCUUGGAUUUCCCCCUCAAUGAUGUUAAACUCUCACCGCCAUUACCUGAUUAUGUAGAACCUGCAAAGACUCAGAUAACGACUCUCGCCAAUGGUCUCAAAGUGGCCUCUGAAGCAUCGGUGAACCCUGCUGCCUCAAUUGGCCUCUAUGUUGACUGUGGCUCUAUUUACGAGACACCAGCUUCAUAUGGAGCCACACACCUCUUGGAACGCAUGGCCUUCAAAAGCACAUUAAACCGGAGUCACUUGCGUAUUGUACGAGAAAUUGAAGCAAUUGGUGGUAAUGUAACAGCUUCAGCCUCACGAGAGCAUAUGAUCUACACUUAUGAUGCUUUGAAAACUUAUGUACCACAAAUGGUGGAGAUGCUUGUUGACUGUGUUAGAAAUCCUGCAUUCCUGGAUUGGGAAGUUAAAGAACAGCUUGAGAAGGUUAAAGCUGAGAUUAGCGAGUACUCCAAAAACCCUCAACACUUGCUUUUGGAGGCAGUUCAUUCCGCUGGUUAUGCUGGUCCAUAUGGGAAUUCUCUGAUGGCCACAGAAGCUACAAUAAACAGGUUAAACAGCACAGUGCUGGAGGAGUUUGUAGCUGAGAAUUAUACUGCUCCUCGGAUGGUUCUUGCUGCAUCUGGUGUUGAACAUGAAGAAUUCUUAAAAGUUGCAGAACCUCUUCUGUCUGAUUUACCUAAGGCGGCCGCCACUGAGGAGCCUAAACCUGUGUACGUGGGAGGAGAUUACCGCUGUCAAGCCGAUGCAGAGAUGACUCAUUUUGCCCUUGCCUUUGAAGUUCCCGGUGGCUGGAUGUCUGAAAAAGAAACAAUGACUUUAACAGUUCUUCAGAUGCUUAUGGGAGGAGGUGGAUCUUUCUCAGCUGGCGGUCCUGGAAAAGGGAUGUACUCAAGAUUAUAUCUUCGUGUCUUAAACCAGUACCCGCAGAUUCACGCAUUCUCUGCAUUCAGCAGCAUUUACAAUAACACUGGGUUGUUUGGAAUUCAAGGAACUACGAGCUCUGAUUUUGGGCCUCAAGCUGUUGAUGUAGCAGUUAAAGAGCUUAUUGCAGUAGCAAACCCUAGUGAAGUUGACCAAGUACAGCUAAACCGUGCUAAACAGGCUACAAAGUCUGCCAUUCUGAUGAACUUGGAAUCCCGGAUGGUUGCAUCAGAAGAUAUCGGCAGACAACUUUUGACAUAUGGAGAGAGGAAACCAGUGGAGCAUUUCUUGAAAGCCAUUGAUGCAGUUUCAGCAAAAGAUAUUGCUUCCGUUGUGCAGAAGCUUAUUUCUUCUCCUCUGACCAUGGCAUCCUAUGGAGAUGUUCUCUCCCUCCCAUCAUACGAUGCAGUCAGCAGCAGGUUCCGUUCCAAAUAAAUCAAUUGUCAACUACGAAGUACACAGCAGGACUUUCAUGCUGUUAUUUUUUAGGUUUUUAGAAAAUCUUUACGCGUGUGGCUGUAAUUUUCGGAAAAUAAGAGGGGUUACGAGCUAUCGAUAAUUCAACUCUGUCAAAGCUUUGAGAUAAAGAGCAUCUGGGCACAUGGUUUUUGUGUAUACAGUUUGUAAUUCAUUCAGCUUUCUUUGAUAUUUGAUGACAUAAUGUCAUAGGGCAUUACUGCU